AGCGAAGUAACCCAACGGUAGAGAGGCAAGAUAGAGUAACCAACCAAGCCACUCCCCAAAUCGGCUUUGCAUUUGCUUUCUCGACUUGGGAAUCAAAAAGUCCCAUCGAUCGAUCGCUCCUCCGCAUCGCAUCGCAUCCCACCCAUUGCCCUCGUCCUCAUCGGCUCCAUCCUCCUGCCGCUCUUUGGAGGCGGGCUCUCGAUUCGAUCGAGCGGGACGGAACGGGAGGAUCGGCGCCGACACCUGAGCCGGAGCCGGAGGAGAGAGGGAAGGGCCAUUUCCUCCUCUCCCCGCGCGAUAUCUCAUCUCGAGUAAGCAAGCAGGCCAACGAAUUCAUGGUCAUCAGUCUAACUAAACCCAACCGUGCUCCUUUCUUGUGCUGUGUUUUUGCACCCGUGCCCCCGCUGUUUUUAGCGCCGGCCGGCUUUUUUCGGCCCUCCCAUUUUGGUGCAGCGUUUCGCUGUCCGCUUUCCAGCAGAUUCAUCAUCGUCAUUCCUCCUCCUUUCUGUUGCCAUUUUUUUUUGAAAAAAAAUAAUCUUUAAUAUUCUGUGUGUUAGAUUGCAUCCUAAUCCUCUCUAGGGAUUUCCACUGUUUUCUUGCCUCCACAUUUGUCCUUUUUCCGAUUCGAUUCCGUAACCGCUCGCUUCCGGUGAUCGCCAUGCAUCCUAUCGCUGAGGUCUUUACCGUUCUCCCCCCUUUACCAACCCCCCCUCCUCAAUUAUUUACUUCUUGUGCGUGCGAUGUUUCAGAUUAUCCGCAAUCCGACGGGCGGUUUGUUCAAAUUUCUCUAGCUUUACUUUACUAUAAUAAUAAUUGCCUGCUUAUUUUCUGCUUACGACCCAAACUCGGCUCAGAAACCCCACAAAUUUAUUCCGAGUUUGAUUUCUUGUGGUCGGUUAGAAGAUGCCAGAUUAGCGGAAUGUUUCUCCGCUUGGAUUCUGGUGCUGCUAGUCACUAUGGGCAAAUCUCCAUAGGCAUCCAUUUUAGUCUCAUGGACGGCUGCGAGUUCUGAUUGGACCCUAGUAGGUAGCUUCAUGAUUAACUUAUUACAGAUUAAGUAUGGGGCUAGGCGUUGUUCAUAGCCGUAUACAGCAAUUUGAUCCCACAUUUCAAAUUGCACAUGAUAUAUUAGUUCCUGUAAGUGUAAUCCAACUAUGAGAAUGGUUAUCUGCUAUCACCACCUGUCAUAUGUGACAAGUGGUUGAUAUAUCCUGUUCUUGAUACUAGAAUAAAUAUUGGAAUCACCUUGAUAGAGAUAACAGGCCAUUUCUAUGUAUUAUCAAUAGGAUCAAUUCUUUCCAGAGAUAAUCCAUGGUCGAAUUACCACCUGUCAUAUGUGACACGUGGUUGAUCAAAACUUUCAAAAUAGAAACAGAAUUCUAAAGGUACGAAAAAUUGCCAAUUUCACGUUGUUCAUGUGCUCCAGUUUGAUAAUUGUCAAUGUCUGCACUUCACGAAUUAUGUAUUUGCCGGUCUCAUCCACUAACUUAAUAAACUACCCUAUGGCGUCAUAGUUUCUUUUGGAAUUUAUUUGCUUCCUAAUUACUCUGCUUUUGCUUAUUGGCAAUUGUGCGGUGACUCUACCUGCUCAAGAGAUCAUCAGCUUGCUUCGCUACCUCCAUAAAUCUAGUUGAUCAGAACCGAGACUUUAUGAUGCUGCUGAUAUGCUAGAUCAUCUCAAUAGAAGUGUGUGGUAUUAAACCCUCGUGUGAUCACAGGUUCUCUGAGAAAUGCCGUGUGCACUUGAAGUAAUUGACUCAAGGGUACAGAGCACAUCACAUAUUCAGUGCAACAGAUCAUUAGACCAGAAUAUUGGCAGCCACUUUUCAAAGGGCUAUCUGAUAUGUAAACCUGUUUCUGUUCAUCCAAGGAACGGGGACACUGCAUUAACAAUACUUCCGCUAGGGCAUGAUUCAGAUUGGAAAUCAGCACCAUUUUUUUCUGACAAUCAAGAGGUCAACAAGGUAAUCUCUUUGACAUCAGGAGAUCUGGGUACAGAGGGCCUUGAGUUAUUAUCUGCACAGCCAAGACUACCUUAUUGCUUAGGCCAGCUGAAUGAAAGGAACAUGCAUGAUCAGGAUGAUUCUUCUAAACCAGUUUCCAUUGGAAACCCAUGCGGAGGAAGCACCUUAAGUCAAUCUCGACAAAGGAAAACCAUCUGCAAUUCAUCGGUAGCAGUCCCCCCCUGCCAUGUGGUUGCAAAGAAGUUCUCCCGACCUGCCACUACCAUUCUGAGAUCUGAUUCUGAUAUUUUGCAUGAUGAUGACAAGCCUCCAAAAAGGAGUUAUAGAAAGAAAGGAAACAAGAAAGGGAAACAUCACGGGCGAACAACCCGUAAAAAGCUGAAUUUGGCAUCAGGAAUUACUUUUGACGAGAAUACUUAUGGUGUUUCUCCUGUGGAGGUACUUCCGACCAAUUUACUGGUUGAUAAGUUUUCAGAGAUCACAUCCUCUGCUAGCUUGUUGGUUAAAAAAGCCCAUUUGGGUGGUGAGAACAACAACUAUGUGAAAUGUGGUACUAUGUUGAAUUUAUGUACAUUAGGAACUGAUGAGAUGGAUGGUUCUGAAUGUGCUGGUUCAUCUAAUGAUGCUGCCGGAGGGAGAUUAAGCUGCACUUGUGUUCCUUACUUGAAUGAUGAAUCAAAUACUACUGAUUCUUCAGAAUUUGAUGGAUCCACUUUCACUGAACGUGGCUCGGGAGAAGAAAGCAAAAGCUACCAGAAGUUACCGUGUGCCUGUGUUUAUAACCCAGAUCAUGCAACAAUAGAUUCCUUCUCUAGCAAGUGGAGCAAUGACAACAGUGGGAACUACAGUGUCCAUGUUGGGGCUAGUUUAACUAUGAAAGAUGAAAAUAGUCACGAUCAUUCUCAACUGGUGGCUUCCACAGGGCUGAAUGGUGCGAGGAAGUGCCAGCUGAUAAGGUCACAUCUCAGUGCUACUCAUGCUGAAGAUACCAACAAUCCUUUAGAGAGCAGAUCUUGUUCCUCUAAGGAUGUUACUGAUAGUUGUAGUCAUACUGAAAGAGUUCAGUGCAGCAGUGAGGCCUGCAGCAGUAAGGCCUCUCUUCAAAUUAGUUCACUGACGAGGAACAGAAAAUCAAGAAGAACACCGAGCUACAGUGAUCUAACUGUAUCUAACAGAGUAACGAGUGCUAAUAGGCACAAGAAUAAUGGCAAAGAUAGUUUUGCUGUGUGGCAGAAAGUAGAAAGAAAUGACAAAAUCAUAUCUAAAGCAGGACAUUCAAGUAAUUUACCUAUUCAGGAAAAGAGUGCACAUGAGAACAGUAACAAGGGUGUAUAUGAUGAUCGAACAAGAAAUCGGGCAAAACAUAAUCAUAAUAGGAAAGCAUGCAAACAGGAGUCCCCAAAUGGGACAGUUGAACUGGAGUCUACCAAAGAAGAACAAGAUGCAUUGGAUUCAUGCCAAACAUUUUCAGGACCCAUAUAUAAGAAGCAAGCGCCCUUCCUACGCCAGCAAAGGAGCUCUUCUUCAAAACAAGGGUCUCAGUUAUCAAGAAACUACUAUACUCCUAGGAACAGCAUCCCCAAAGUGCCUAAGGAUUCCCUGCAGCAAGAAGAAUUGCCGGUGCUGCAGCUAGUUCAUGCCAAUGACAUCGGUGAUAGAUCAACCUCAAAUUUUUGUUCAGCUGGUGAAGUUGUUCUAACUGGAGAUUGCAGCAACUGUCCAACUGAGGGAAAUGAGAGUUCACAAUCUGGUAUUGAUGUGGCUCCAUCAGUAUCUUGCAACUUGGUUCCAGACUUGACGCUACAAGCUGCUUCCGAUGAUUCCCACAUAUCAGAUCCUUACUCUUUAUGUCCUCAAGACAAGGGUGUAUACACCAGUUGGAGCUCCAAUAACUCGUGCACUGAUCCUUGCGCUGCAGAAAUCGAGGAAGUUCGAUGUGUGAAGCUAACAACAGAGGGUAAUUCUCAAGAAUCCUGUAAGUGGUAUUCUGCUGCUGGACACCUGUCACAGAAAUGGGUUCCUGUUGGAAAGAAAGAGGCGUCUAGUGUCAUCCAUUUAGACAUCUCAGAGGCUUCUGUUGUUGAAGGUAUAGUUUCAGCUAAUGAUAUUUCUGAUUCAGUUGGUCCUGUAUCAGCAAAUGGUGAAGAUAGCAAAUUAGCUAGUGAAAUGACUCCUAAACUAAACUCAUCUGAGCAUGUCGAUUUAAGAAGCCAAGCAUAUAAUGUAAUUGAGACUGGUUACAGCAAGACAAAAGAAGCCAUCAGUUGUGUUUACACGGCACAGCAACGAGCAGAAGACAUCCAACUUCGCAUCGGUAGGCCUCUUGCGGAUUUUGAACAUUUUGUUAACUCUGCUUCUCCAGUUUUGCACUGUAACCCUUGCCCUGCUGGCUGUAAAUCAUACUUGCAAAAAUGCGUGGAGGAUGGUUUAUGUUUCCAUCAGACUCCAUACAUCACUCUAAGAAGUGUCUGGCAGUGGUACGAAGAGCCUGGCUGCUAUGGUUUGGAAGUAAAGGCACAAGAUUUCCGUAGAUCCAAAGGGUUGUGGAAUAGUCAUUGCCAGUUUACUACCUAUUUCGUGCCAUAUCUAUCUGCUGUUCAACUUUUCAGACAGACUAAAAGAACCAAUGGUGGAAGCAUUGUUAAGGAAACAAUGGAUAGGGAUAUGCCAUGUGAAACAUCUCCGUAUGAGAAUCUGCCCCCUAUAUUUGCAAAGCUUCUGCCACAACAAUCUAAUCCAACAAACAGGUCGUCUACAUUGCAUACUGAAGAUGAUGAACAGCUAAAAAGUGGCGAGCUCAUAUUUGAAUUUUUUGAAUCUGAACAACCAUAUUCGCGGCGACAGUUAUUUGACAAGGUAAAUGAGCUGAUUGCUGGUGUGAAAUCUGUGAAUGGCCAAAUAUUUGGAGACCCAAAGGGUUUGGAGCUGAGCCUGCAUGAUCUCCAUCCAGCCUCUUGGUAUUGUGUUGCAUGGUAUCCUAUAUACCGCAUACCAGAUGGUAAAUUGCAGGCUGCAUUCUUGACAUAUCAUUCUCUUGGGCACUGGAUUCGGCGGAGUAGCUCAGCAGACGAGGCUGUUGUUUUGCCUGUCAUAGGCCUGCAGUCUUACAAUGACAAGGCGGAGCGGUGGUUUGAGAUGAGGAAAUCCGACUCUGAAGGUGGUGAGCCAGCAGAGUUGCAGUAUAGCGAAGCAUCGGAGGUUCUGAAGGAGAGGGUGCGCGCCUUGAAUGAGGCUGCAGCGGGGAUGUCCAGGGCCAAGGUGGUGAAGAAUGGGCCGAUCAUGAGCAGAAACAGGCACCCGGAUUACGAGUUCUUCCUUUCACGGUACCGAUAGAUUGAUGCUUGGCUGCUGGCUGCUGAGGGAGGGGUUGGUUGCUGCCUGCUGAGGCUGGAGCAACCACUAGUCAGUAUUGUCAGAUUUAGGCUCGUUUGUACAUAUGACCGAUCCUUUUGUAAGAUAACAACUACUAGUGUAGUUAGUGUUGACUGUUGGCUACCUUGAGGCUUUGUUAUGGUGCAAGUGCAAGCGCUGGAUGAUGAUGAUGAUGAAGCCCAAUGCAGAUGAUCAUGAUGAGUCUGUUUAUUUA